AUGAGAGAGCCCACCUGGCCUACCUGCAGAGUGUCCAGAACAUCAGGGAUGCUGAGGUAGGUGUGUAUGGCCAGAAAACCAUCACUGGGCUCCUGCGACAGGAGGGCACUCCUGUUCCAUUUGGUGUGUACUCUGAUGCAGAUGGCUGGAACGGUGAGUCAGUUUCCUCCCACUACCUGGUAGACUGCCUGGUCAGUGAAUAUGAGCGACAGGAAGAGCUGCUCACUCUGCUGCUUCAGGGACCUUUGGACGGGUGCUCAGGUCUGAUCACACCCGAAAAGUGGCUAGGAAGGUUGUCCUUUCCACAGGCAAAAUGUCCUCCUAUGCCAUCAUGAAUGAAAACUGGAUGACCUUGAGCUGGGUGAUGCUGCAGUCAGAGUGUGACCGCUCCCUCCAUCCCCUGUAUAAAGGUCUGGCUCGUCGCUACACUGCAGCUGGAGUGGACAAAGCCAAGUACCAGAGGGUGGACCGGUAUUGAGAACAAGCUCAAAAAUGUUUUUCACUCUAAUUUCUGGUAUUUUCUGCCGUCUGUUUCAGUGCUGGAUAAGAUUAUUCAUAUCAGAUUUAUUUAUUCAUAUCAGUGAUGUUUGAAAUGUGUUGUGUUAUCUCUGUCUCUUAUUAGUAUUACUCAUAGACAAAUGUUUCAGAUACAACAUACACAGGAAAAUAUUUAAAGCUGCAACACAUGAGAUUAAUUUUCCACAGCAAAUAUUGUCCGAUGUUUUUAACCCCAUGUCAUUAUUUUUAUUUUUUUAGGGACUGCUGCGCUGCCUUUAAAGUCCUGAACCCUUGGCCUCAGGAGCACCUCUCGUGGGACAGCUGGAGGACAACAGAGGCUAUUGUGGCAGAGGUAGCCUCAGGGAACCUGACUAAUGCCAGCACACCUCGAAGCAAGUUUAACCCAGUCAUCACUAUCAAGUUAGACUUGUUUCACUGCAUGCGCCAUUUUACCAGGGAGUGUGUCUCUGAGCACCAUCCUCUCUACGGCUCCUUUUGCCAGCUCCUAUCUGCAGCUUUUGUAGUCAUGGACCAGAGCGACCUCCAACGGCUGAAGGAGGCAUAUGUGUUCUGCAGAAUUUGUCCUGCUAAUCCCACUAAGCAGCACAUCAGAGAGCACUGCAGGACCGAAGUCCCACCGCCCAGCGAGCUGCUGCAGAGAGCUUAA